AUGGAUCAGGCAACAAGCAAAGACAGUGAAAUGUUGGAUCAUGUUGAUGAAGGGGUUAAUGAGAAAUCGAGUCGGUUAGGUGAAGGAGUUGCAAUUGAUGCAGGAGCUGGACAUAGCUUGGGUGGUAGGGUUAGUGUAUGCGAUGAUCUUGGAUUGAAUGAGGAGCUAAAGGAGAGACCUUUAGAAGUUAAGGGUCAGAAUGAGAAUGUUGGUGGUGAUCCUGGAAAAAUCGACGAUGAUUUGCGCGGGUUUGAUCAAGGGACUAGUUAUAAUUCAAGUGAUUUGGUUAAUGGGGAAGCACGUGAGACCUGUGUUGUAAUAGAUUCUUCUGCUCAAGUUGAGGCUGUCGAAGGAGAUAGCCGAAAAUUAGAAGCUAAAACUAAAGAAUCAGGGUUGAACAAGCUAUCGAUUAAAGCACCGAAAGGUGUGUCUGAGACUGAUAAAAAUUCGUGUGUGAUUGAUGUGAAUUGUGGCAACGGCAAAGAUUUUAGUGAGAAUUUGGAUGGUGAAACGAUUUGUAGGAUUUGCCAUCUGGCAUCUGGGCAACCAUUAGAAGAAACUGCUGUUGGAACUCCAAAUAGUGCUGAUGAUAAAACAGGUUUGAUUAUGCUUGGUUGUGCAUGUAAAGAUGAGCUAGGAAUUGCGCACAGUCAGUGCGCUGAGGCAUGGUUCAAGAUUAAAGGAAACAGGUUAUGCGAAAUAUGCGGUGAGACUGCAAAGAAUGUUCCCGAUGUUAUUAAUAAUGGAUUUAUGGAAGAAUGGUGUGAAAGUGGAUUCAUCGACAGUGGCAGCACUAGUACCUCACACCGCGGGUUGGUUGGAUGCUGGCGCGGGCAACCGUUCUGCAACUUCUUAAUGGCAUGCCUGGUAAUAGGUUUUGUUCUACCAUGGUUCUUUCGUGUAAAAAUGUUCUAG